AUUUUUGUUUGUGUUGUGAGUAAAAGCAGUGAAGUGCUUAUCGGGCAUGAGACGAAUUUGUCAGCGCUAUCAAAUUGAACUCAGCCGAAGACUUGGUUAAUCUCCACAGCAGCAGCAGCAGCAGCAGCAGUGCACAAAAACAAGCAAUAAUAGCAAAAACAGCGCAGUCUGCGAGUGUAAUCAAAGUCUCUUGUUUUGAUUUCUUGAAGCUUCUAUUGGCACUGUGAUAAAGGGACCUCGGCAAAGUCAGUUAUCACAUCCAUAUGCCAGUAAUCAGUAAUCAACUUGUUGCGGGACGCGCUACUGCCUGGUAUUGAUUUAAUUUAGUUUCCCAAUACUGAUACGAUACUGAAAAUCUGGCAUAUUGCUCGGAGCUCCGACCCGCUCUCGGUUAGCUUGGGUGCUGGUGGUGGUUGCGGAAGUGGGAACGCAAUUGAUGAAAUUGUUGAAAACUAUUUUUAAUAGUGGCGACGGCCACAAGUCCACGCCACGGGCAAAGCCACAACAAGAACUAGUCUUUGACGAGUGUGAGAGAGAACACUACAGAGAACAUACGGAGACGAAAUCAGAGAGCGAGAGAGCUGUUUCAAAAAUGUUAAGAACUCAUCAAAUAUUCAGAUCCGAAAAAGGGCGAGCAACAACUACAAAACAGUAGAGCGUAACGGAUAACGAGAGUGCCAGUGCCAUUGCAUGUGCCUGUGCCUGUGCCAGUGGCAGCGGCAGUGACAGCAACGGCCAAAGCGGGAACGGCCAGUUGUGGUCCGACAACGCACCGAAUAUCAAGCGCCAGGCCAGCCCCUCACCACAUCAACAACAAUGGCGAGUCGCCGCCUGCCACUGUUUCCCAUCGAGCCUGAACCGCCAGCAACGCCCACGCAGCGGCUUACGCUCUUGGCAACCCGCUUUCUACGUGCAUUGCAAUUAAACUGGAGGAUUAUCGUGUCCGGCAUCACGCUGACGCUCUUGGCUGUCGUCUGGUAUUAUCCCACGUUCUUCUUGUUCUUCGCCUUCGUCGUCUACUCCCUCGUUUUGGUGUUUUCGGCUGUUGCCGGCACCGUCUACAUACAUUAUAUAUUCACCACCAACGAACCGGCCAGGCCCAGUCGAUUGCCCUCCAAACUUCUCUACAAUGCCACAAAAAGCACCAUCUUCGAUCUGCCAAAGCCCAUCAAGAAUCCAUCGAAUUUACCUUUGAUCUUUGGCAAAACAGUCGAUCUGCAGCUGCAGCAGAUAAUCGAAUACGUCCUUCGCGACUUCAUGCUGCCCUGGCUGGGCUACGUGGUCACGAAGCCGAAGCUAAUCAACGAUGUGGUGCGUGAGGAUCUGUGGAAUGCCAUACAGAAGAUCCAUGAGCGCGCCAGCAAAAUGGAUCCCGCCAAGAUCAUAGCCGUGGACAUGGUGAACCGCGUCACCGUCCACCUGGAAAAGAUACGCAUUGCCGAGGCUCGAGCGGCCGAGACGAAUACGGCGCCAGUGUUUAGCAAAAACUCCUACCUGUCCGACGAGGCCAAGGAGAUGGAGUUUCUGCGCAAGCUGUGCGAGAUUAUGGUGAUCUUGCUGUUGCCACGCGGCUACUCCCUCCCACCGCUCAAGAUGUUGCUCAGCGAAAUCUUAUCCUAUAAGAUCUUCUUUCCCAUGAUCAACAUGCUCACCGCACCCGACUACAUAAACCAGAAGGUGGUGCAGAACAUCGAAACGCGGCUGGCUGCGGCGGCGAUGAACAAGCGGAGCUAUGAGUAUGCGGCCAGCUUUGAGGAUUUCCUCAAGAUUAUCAACAACUCGGGAAGCCUGGAGGAGCUCUCGCUCAUCCGCAAGAGCAUCGUGAACGACCUGAUGCAUGCCACAACCAUGCAGAACUUACAACGUGCCAAAGGUCUCGAUCCGGACCAUGAGGACCACUCCCUAUCCAAAUCUGAGCUGACGGCGGCCGUGCGGCUCAAGCGCUACGUCCGCCAGUUGACCUUGGCCAAGGCCGAGUGCGAAAAGAACCUGGCGAAAUUCGGCUGGAACGGCAACUACUCUAGCGACAUAGAUCUGACGCUAGAGGAAAUACUGAACACGGCCGUGGGCCGCCGGUUCUUCACCCUGUUCCUGGAGCCGCUGAAGGCUAGCGCCUUGGUCGGAUUCUACCUCGCCGUGGAGGAGAUCAAGCAUGCUCACAAAAGUGCUAUCCACCAACUGGGCACGGAGGUAUUCUAUACGUUCAUCCGAGUACCCAAGUCUGAGAUCCAGAUCGACAAGCACGAGCGCAAGCUGAUCGAGACCUUUCUUUUGGGGGAUGCCGAGCCGGACAUCUUCUACGACAUCCAGCGCAACAUCCUGCUCACUCUCGAGGAAAAGUACUAUCCCCCAUUUGUGCUCAGCAGUCAGUACCGCCAGCUAAAAGCGGCACUGGACUCGAACGACCUCAUCGAUCCCACCUUGAUGCUGUGCCCCGCCAUCGGGAGUGUAUCCGAACAACACGACGAGCACCCCAGAGUCGCAGAUGGUCUCAAUGGCAGGGCCAUCGAUGUCGCCGCCCACACGUCGUAUGCACGGCGGAAGCUGGAGCAGAUUCAGGAGCGCAUUGACAAGAAAAAUUCGGCCCUGGACGCCCUUAAGUACUCGGUCAAGCCGGAGUCCAAGGUUCUAUCCAUUCUCGAGAAGGAGAUGGAGUGGCUGAAGAGCGAGAAGCGUCAAACGGAGGCACAUCUCCGGCGAACCGACGCUUGGACCGAGCAUCUAGGCAAGUGGAAGGCCACCAUACAAAGUGUGGAGUUUACCUUCUCGGCACAGGUUUCCGAUGAAAAAGAGUCGCUGCAGUUCAUGAUACUUGUCCAUGUGGACGAGGACAUCAACGCUCCCCCGCAGACAAUGGCAAAGAAUGGGGACAGCAGCGGCGCCAAGCCCCAAAAACGGCCCUCGGGCAUAUCCAGCGGCUGGGUGGUCAUGCGAUCCCUUAACCAAGUCCAUGAGCUGCAACGAAAACUGCGACACGUGAGCUCGAAUCUGAAGACACUCGACUUACCCACCAACUUCAAGUUCUUCUUCCUGAAGACGGAUCGGCAUGGCCAGGAGAAGGCCAAGGGACAAAUCCAAAAGUUUCUUAAUUUCAUACUCGAAGACGAUCAUCUAAAUGGCAGCGAGGCUAUUUACACGUUCCUUAGCCCCAGCUCAGACCACCUGAAGCAGACGCUGCCCUCGCCCAAAAAGUCAAAGUUCUCGCUCUCCACCCUGUUUAAGAGCGACGCUGCAAAGGCUCACGAAUCCAGCAAGGCGACAGAUCCGUUCUGGGGCCUGCAGCGCGACGACGAGGACAUCUCCACGUACCUGGACGGAGAGUCCGGCAUUGAUGCCAGUCGACUAAUGGCCGACAUAGACAGCAAGGACUCUAUAGCAGAGCCCAUGUACGCUCUCAUGGGCGAGAUAUUCGACAUGGGCGGCGUCUUUAAAUGGCUGCGCAAGAGCAUUAUCUCCUUUGUUCAGAUCACGUACGGCCGGACGAUUAAUCGACAGAUCCGCGAAUCGAUCACUUAUCUCUUUGAGGAGUCUAUGCUGCACAACUACUUCUCAGCCAUACUGAAAUCGUUCUGGCCAGGUGGUGUCCUCGCCUCCGCGUAUCCUGCGCGCUCCGACGACAUGCGGGAGAUGACCAGCACGGCGGCCAAGGCUCUGCUCACCGACCACAUACCCGAGGUGCUCUGUAAUCUGGUGGGGGCCCAGGCGGCCAAGCGAGGCGUCCUCAAGGUAUUUGAGGCGCUCCAGAACCCCGCUUAUAACAAGCAGCUCUUCUACGAACUACUGGAGAUACUCAUGAUUGAGUUCUUCCCCGAAAUCCGGCAGCUUCGAGUGAACAAUAGCAAUGGCACCAAGCUGAACACAGCUACGGCGGGGGCUGCAGCUGUUUCUGCUGCAGCAGCUCUAGCAGCCGCCACAGCAGCAGCCUCCCUUCCCCUGAACCAUGGCAGUAGCAGUGGAAGCGGCCAAAGCAUCGCCUCUCAAAACCAUCACCAGCAAGCAUCGUUGUCAUCGACAUCGCUGUCGUUGUCCACAUCGUCGGCUUCAGGCGGCAGUCAAGCGCAGUCCCACUAUCAUCAGGGAUCCCAUCAUCACCAGUAGAAUCAGCAGCAGGGACAUCCUGCACACUCAGGCAGCUCCAAGUAGAAGCACACUCGUAUUGCUUUUUCAAUUUCUUGUUCGUUUUUUUUUGUUUUCACUUAUUAAGUGUUAGGCUUUUUAUGAUAUUAUGUUAAUGCUCUCUAUCUUUCUAUUUAAUGGAAUGGAUGCAGGCGGUGUAGCUGAAUGAGGUAUGAGGAACUAGGUGCAAAAUUCCCUAAUUAGUUAUAGAAAAAAUGAGUAUUUUGUAGCACAGAAUCACCUUCCCCAUAUCCAGUCUCCCAAUGCCAUUGACUUGCAUUUGUCCUUUUUUGUUUGCAAGCGUAAUUCGUUUCGUUAUGUGUAUGGCAGUCUGCCUGUACAUUUGUACAUACCAUUUAUGUAGGUCAGUAUUAAGCGUUGUACCAAAUCGUUGUUUAUAGUUAAAUUAGACACACUCGGCGUGAUCGUUUAUGCAUAAUAUGUUUUGUGUACGUUUUCGAACUAUAAGACAGUGGUCGGCCAGCAGAUUGAAAUGAUUUCUUUUGUAUUAACUGACCAACUACUAUCGAAUAACUUAUUUUCCUUAUGAUGGUGCAUCUUAUUGAUGAUUCAUCUGGCUUAAAAUCUGUUAUUGAACCCACAGUGGUAACCGGGCAUUCGAUUUAUAAGCUUACGAUAAUACACUCAUUUUGUACACUGUCUUAUAGACCCGACCACGUACUGUAGUCAUAACCAACUAACCCACGUGAGCUAGAUAGAAGCGCAUCCCACACUUCAUUCCACCCCCAUUCGCGCUUUUUAUAACGUACAGAAACGCAAAUGCGUACGUACAAGAAUGCGUCUAUUUAUGUACUAUGUAUUGUAGUUAAACAAUUUUAUGUGGAAAUGUGUAAUAAAACUCGCUAUUUAUGUA